GACCCAUGCCAAAAUUUUACGACCCAAACUCAGACUAAACCAUCAAAGCGCACCGGAGUGAGAGAAUCCACCCCUGAUAGCGACUCUGCAAACAGGAGAUAGAAGAUAUAGGUAUAGAUAUACAGAGAGAGACGAGCUCGACGAGAACGAUGCUGAUUUGGUGUCCCCCGCGAAUGAGCCCAUUUUCAGCCACAAUGCAUGUGAAUUGUAGCCGUGUAACUGUCUCAAACAGUUCAAUUUCAGCUUGAACCACCUCAUUUUCAGCUCUCAUAAACCCUAGCCGAGUCUCUGGACCGAUAUGCAAAGGUAAAAAAAACCCUAAAGCCCUUAUUUUUCUUUCUGUGUUUCUCGCUCUCAUUGUGCUGUUUGCAUGGUGAAUUCUCGAUUUUGUGGUUUUGGUUGUGUCCAAUUCUAGUUAUUGCUUGAUUGAUCUCUGGUUUUGCAUGUAAUUGUACUUUGUUGUUUUUCUAAUUGAAAUCGUUGAUUGAUCAAAAUUUUCUGUUUUGAACUAGCAUUUGGGUGGUUUUCAUCUCAUUCUAGUUUGGAAAGUCAUGGCAUUUGAUUGAUUUUCUGUAUCAACUGUUGCAUGCUCUCUCUUCUGCUUAUCUUCGAUCUAAACAGCCCAUUUGGAUUUGGAGAGAAAAUAAAAGAAAUCUCUUCCAAAGAGGAGAGAAAUGAGGGGGAAAUGAAGUUUCUCUUGCAACCCAUUUUUUAGUUUCUCCGAAAGUAGAGAAAUUGGGAGAGAAAAGAAAUGGGGUUAUUACUAACAUUUUAUAAUAUCAAAAUUGUCUGUACUAAUUAAAACAUAAAAAAGUUAUUAGUAAUAUAACCUGUUAAAAGUUCUUUUCUUUUAUGUAGUAUAUCCAAAGAUUGGAGAGAUAUCACUUUCUUUUCUGUUCUCUCCAACUGAACCAAACUAGUGAGAGAGAGAGAGAACACAAAUCUUUUCUCUCUUGGAAAAAGUUAUUCCCGCUCUCUUGUUCAAUUAUUGUUAUUUAUAGUUUUCCCCUUAUCUAUGUACUGCUAUGUUAUGCUCAUAGCACAGGUACUGAAAUGAAUAAAGCAAUCGUAGUGCAUGUGCAUCAUGACUAUAUUACAUGCAUGAGUCAUAAAGACUAAUGGGGAUAGAACUAUUGAUUGGGUAAUACCUUGCUCCAACAGGAAGAAGAGAAGCAUCGAAUCAUGCACUUUGAUGGAUUGCUUAGUGUAGACUACGAGAGUGGAAGAAUAACUUAGUUGAGGAUUAAAACCUUUAGCUACUAGAAUAAAAUUAUUUUAUUUUUGAGCAAGGGAUAAUCAUGCAAAUGGAGUUUUAAAAUUUUUGUUAGGAUAAUCUUGUUUCAGUUGACAUAUUAGUGUUGACCCUGACGUGACGGUUUUCAUUUUAUUCUAUUAAUGCAAAUUGUGGGAAUUUAAAAGAGACUAUUCAGAAACAAAAGCUAGGAGACAAAACUUCAAAAUUCUUCAUCGAAAGGGAAAAUGAUAUAUAUUUUACAAUUCAAAUAAUCCAAAUACUCAGCUCUAAGGGCCCUGAAUACCCAAAUCACCACAAUUUUUUAAACCUCUUUUGAUGCCUUCAAAAUAUUCCUUUUGCGAGUGGAAACACAUGGAUAAAGUUGAAUUGAUUGUUUGGUGUAUCAAACCGAAUCAUACAAUAUGUAUCGCAAAUUGUAUGAUUCUUAUCUUAUGCGAUUCACCCCCAAGUAUGAAUCAAUUGCUUGGUUUAUCAAAAUGAAUUGUAUGAUAUGUACCGUGAAUUGUUUGAUUUUGAUGACAAAGUGUGUGAGUUGCAUUCUUAUUAAUGCUGCACAUAUUCCUAUUGAGAGAUAUUCACCACGUAUGUUGUGUUGGAGAGAGUUCGAGAAGUGUUAUUGAAGUGUUUGAAAAUUGAAAUUAUGGAAUUUCAAUAUACAUGUAAAGUAGCAUCUAACACAAUUCAAGUAGUGUAAUAGAAGUGACAUGGCAGCUUUGUUGGAUACUGUUCUUUUCUAGAAGUGUCUUUGUUACUUAGAUUCUUAUUACUCUGGAUUAGAUGUAUUUUCUUUCUUUUAUUUUCUUCUUCAUUCCUUUUACUGGUUAGAGAUGUAAAUAAAUAAUGAAAAAUUUCUAUAUCAGCUUGCUUUAAUAUUCUUUUUCUUUCUUUUUUCUUUUGGUGCAUGCAUGCCAUUGUGCAAUCCAUCCAUUCUGUCAGCCUCUGAUCUGUGAUAUAUAUUGACUAUUGUAUAUUUGUUUUGUUGAAUGUAUUGCUUCGAGUCUUUGAUGUUGAUAUGAAUUUUGAGAAGAGUUCUGCAAACUGAUAUAUAGUCUAUUCUUUUCAAGUUGUUGUCAUUCCUACGUGUGUUUUCCUCUUCGUCUAUUUAUUUAUUUAUUUUACAUUUUUGUUUCAAUGUUUGGACUUUUAUUUCCUAAUCUUUGUUAUUUUUGAUGCUUUGCUCGAAUACUAAUAUGAAUAGAGAAGAGCUUAGGAAUAUUAUGACUGUGAGAGCAAAACCAGUAGGUGCAUUGCUUUUGAAAAAUAAUGGUCGUAGAGAGGAUGAAGGAGAGUCAAAGCUUGAACCACAUGUGGGGUUAGAAUUUGAUUCAGCAGAAGAUGCCCAGGAAUUUUAUAAUUUAUAUGCAGCACAAGCUGGAUUCAAAAUUAGGAUUGGGCAGUUGUAUCGGUCCAGAGUUGAUGGAUCAGUUAUUUCUCGAAGAUUUGUGUGUUCAAAGGAGGGUUUCCAAACAAAUUCCAGAACUGGUUGUCCAGCAUUCAUAAGGGUACAAAAAAGUGAUUCUGGGAAGUGGGUUCUGGCCAAUAUCAAGAAAGAGCACAAUCACGAGCUUGGACUUCCGGGGGAAAUUCGUCCGCCUCAUAUACAAAGGAAAGCCCAUCCAGCUCCAAGAUCGUCAGUUGUUGUGUCUACCAGGACAGGAAUAAGAUCACUCGAGGAGGAGGAUGGACGCCCUAGCCCGUCAGAGGCCAUGGAUGUCAAACGCUUCAAGAGGGAAGAAGUAGAAGGAGUACCCAAAGUUGAACCUUACAAAGGUCUUGAAUUCAGUUCUGCUAAUGAAGCUUACAAAUUUUACCAUGCAUAUGCGGCUAGUACAGGGUUCAAAGUCCGGAUUGGUCAGUUGUUUCGUUCAAAACAUGACGGAUCAAUUACGUCUCGAAGAUUUGUGUGCUCAAAGGAAGGGCGUCAACACCCUUCAAGAGUAGGUUGUAGUGCAUUCAUGAGGAUACAGAGACAAGAAUCAGGAAGAUGGGUAGUUGAUCGUCUUCAAAAAGAACACAAUCAUGAUCUUGAUUCUCCUAUGGAUGCUAGUAGGCUAAUUGCCACCGGUCCAAAGGGAUUUAAAGAGGAAGUAAGUUGUGGGCUGGAAAAUUUGGAUUUAGUUGAAACAAAUGGUGGCCUCAACCUUGUCAAAAGAGGCCGUCAAUGUAAUAUUGGAAGUGAUUGGUACCCUGUACUACUUGACUAUUUUCAGUCUCGUCAAGCAGAAGACACGGGAUUCUUUUAUGCAGUGGAAGUUGAUGAUGGCAAAUCCAUGAGCAUUUUCUGGGCUGAUGGCCGGUCUAGAUUUUCAUGCAGUCAAUUUGGGGAUGCCAUUGUUUUCGAUACAGCAUACAGGAGCAGUAGUUAUUUAGUGCCAUAUGCUUCUUUUAUUGGAAUUAACCACCAUAGGCAACCAGUCCUUCUUGGUUGUGCUUUGAUAGCUGAUGAAUCAGAGGAAUCUUUUACUUGGGUGUUUCAAACGUGGCUUAGGGCAAUGUCAGGGCGCCGUCCUUUGUCAAUAAUAGCUGAUCAAGACAAGGCCAUCCAACAUUCAAUUGCACAAGUUUUUCCUGGCACACAUCAUCGUUUUUCUACGUGGCAAAUUAAGGCAAAGGAACAGCGGUACUUGGGUUCACUGCUUUCCAUGGAUACGGAGUUCAAAUAUGAAUAUGAGACUUGCAUUUGUCAGAGUCAGACACCCAAUGAAUUUGAUUCUGCAUGGAAUGUACUUCUAAACAAAUUUGACUUGAAGGAGAAUGCUUGGCUGAAGGAAAUGUAUAGAAUGCGCAAAAGUUGGGUUCCAUUGUAUAUAAGAGGCACAUUCUUUGCAGGCAUCCCUAUGGAUGGAAGCAUGAAAUCAUUUUUCGGUACUUUUUUAAACGCCCAAACACCCCUGAAUGAAUUUGUUAUACGAUAUGAAAAAGCUCUUGAACAACGUCGCGAGGAGGAAAGAAAGGAGGAUUUUAACUCAUUUAACAUGCAAGCUGUUUUGCACACAAAAGACCCCAUAGAAGAACAAGGUAGAAGGCUUUACACAAUCACAAUGUUCAAAGCAUUCCAGAAAGAGGUUUUGGAAUGCUAUAGUUAUGUCGGAAUAAAGAUUAAUGUGGAAGGUGCUAUCAGUAGAUAUAUGGUGCAGAAUUGUGGGGAUGGGGAUGAGAGGAAUACCGUUGCCUUCAAUGCAUCAAACCUUAAUGUUAGUUGUAGUUGUAAAAUGUUUGAAUUUGAAGGUAUGCUUUGUAGACAUGCAUUGAAAGUCUUUCAGAUAAUGAACAUAAGGGAACUUCCAUCUCGCUACAUUUUACACCGGUGGACCAAAAAUGCAAAGUACGGUAUUCUACGGGAUGUUGAUUCAGGAGGUGGCUCUCAAGAUUUCAGGGCUUUGAUGCUGUGGAGUUUAAGAGAAGAAGCCUGUAAUUAUAUCGAGGCGGGGACAACAUCUCUAGAAAGAUACAAACUCGCUUUUGAGAUUAUGCAAGAGGGUAGGAGAAAUCUUUGUUGGCAAAACUGAGAAGUAUCUUGGACAAAGGUAACCAAAGAUAGCUAUCUACAUAGAUAGCAGCAAGGUAGCCUAGAACAUGACCGAUAGAAACUGCUCGAGGUCUCAUGCUCUGGCUUUUGACAUGGAUUUUGCGUUGAUGCUCUUUUUGAAAGCUGAAAAAUGUGUACUCACAUAAUCAGCUAUCUUUUGUAGUUGUCUUCAUCCUUUUUGUUUGAAAGAUUGACUGGAGCUAUCUCUUCUGUUCAUUUAGUUGUUUAAAUUAAUGGUUAAAUAUUUUCAAUCAUAUGAAAACAAAAAAGAAAUUGAUGUUCAAGUAUCGGCCCCAAUUCAAUUAUAGAUUGGAUCUCAGUCAGGUAGGGUGGAUGUACAGUGAUUUUUAAAAAUAUUUAUUUAUUUAUUUAUUUUUUGGGUAA